AUGUUGGAUGUGCUCCAAUUAUGCGCUCCUGCUGAGCCCGAUUCCGAAGAAACGUUCGAGUUUCCCGCCUUUAUUCUCGUCAAUGAACCUCAUGAUGUGUGGGUUAGGAACAAGUCGACAUACGUUUAUGGAGGUGUACGAGUACAUCCCAUGAGGGGAAUGGAACGAUCGCUGCAAAGCACAUUCCCAAGGAUCCAAGUAGCGUUGCGCAGGAGUAUGCACGACUUCCAGGACCCAAUGGAUGCCGAUCUCAUGCAAUGGGCCGGUUGCAGCAAGAUGUCGUCGGGUCAGAUGGAGGCUCUUGUACGAAUACGUGGAGAUGCGGUUGAGGUGCAAGUACGAGGCCCAGCAGAGCGAGCCACAUCAUGCUUCUACUUCCUUGAAGACGUUGUCAACCUUGUAGAGCAAACAGCCAGCGAAGUUGCCCCCGGUAUAGGACUUGAGAGACAUUUCCUCAGCCCUAAAUGUCUACAGGAGCACCAAAAAAAUCCAGCCUCAUUCCCACCAGAAGCAAUGAUGGCUAUGCAACAACAAGAAUCACUUUCAGUGAAGGGAACCCAUGAUGAAGAGGAGCUUUUCACUGUGAAGGGAACCCAUGAUGAAGAGGAGCUUUUCACUGGUCAGUAUCAGAUUUGUUAUCUUCGCGGUUCCUAUCGUUUAUAA